AUGAGGAUGGUGGCGAGGCUCAAACAUGUUCAUUUACCUGCAUUCUUUGUUUUACUUGUCAUAAUAUCAGGGUUAAAAUUGUCCGAGUGUGCAAGAGUCUUCACCAUCGUCAACUACUGCCGAGAGACGAUCUGGCCCGCUGUGACCCCAGGCGAGUACUUCGGCGGUGGCGGUUUCUCCCUGAGGCCCGGUCAGUCGAUGGUGUUCACAGCCCCAGUUGGCUGGUCAGGCCGGAUAUGGGCCCGAACCGGCUGCAACUUUGACCGGGGUGGCAACGGCUCGUGUCAGACCGCCAGCUGUGGCUCGUCCCUGAAGUGCGGCGCCUCUGGCAAGCCGCCGGCGUCCCUGGCCGAGUUCACCCUGGCCAACCUCGACUUCUACGACGUCAGUCUGGUGGACGGGUUCAACCUGCCUGUGGCGGUGACGCCCAUCAACGGCAGGGGUAACUGCAGCGUCGCCGGCUGCGAUUCCGAUCUCCGGCCGAACUGCCCCAAGGAGCUGGCGGUGACGGCCGGUGGGAGGACGGUGGGCUGCCGGAGCGCGUGCGACGUAUUCGAUACCGACGAGUACUGCUGUCGGGGGGUGUACGGGAAUCCAGUGACCUGUCGGCCGACGUAUUAUUCGCGGCGGUUCAAGGAGGCUUGCCCGACCGCGUACAGCUACGCGUACGAUGACCCCACGAGCAUCUUCACGUGUUCGGGGGCCGACUAUGUUGUCUCCUUUUGCUCGUCUAGGAGGCGACCGGUGUGUACGUAUCAUGACAACAGAUUGAUGUGCGGUGGAUCAACGAGAGUUGGGAGAUAUUUGUGGAUGACAAUUUUACCCUUGAUAAUCACAUGUGCUCUAUGGAUCAUAGGUUGA